AUGUCUGAGUUGGAAGAAUUGGAAGGCGAAGCUGAAGAAAAUGUACCGACAGAGCCUGGACUUCGUUCAAGAAAAGCAAAACGUGUAGUGGUUUUUACUGAUAAAGAGCCGCAUAACGAGAUUUAUACUAAUCUCAAAGAUAAUCAAAAUUCUGAUCAAAACGAUGAAAUGGCUUUGAUCCGGUAUUCACAACAAUCUCAUUUUCGUCGAGAGAUAAUUAAAGGAUCCAUGCGUUCCCAAAGGCGUAAAACUGUUAUUUGGGAAUUUUUUCAAGCAAAAAUACAUUCCCCCCUUUUUUUGAUAGAAUAG